GACGACAAAACCUGGGUUUUAGAAUGAAGCCUACGAAAGGUGGAAUUUUUGGAGAACUCAUUCCAGUCUGUCGAGUUCGUGAACUGGAUGAUGGCGUCCACAUGAGACGAGACCGGAGAUGCCAUAUCUUCCAGGGCUGUAGAAAAGGAGGUGUUUUGUCAUGGCGAGCGGAAUCCGAUGUAUUACUGACGAGGCCGAGAAGGCUCGAAAGUUGGCGGAAACAUCCGAAAAUGUCCCACCUGCCCUAGUGGAGAGCACAAGACGUGUAACAAGACUACUGAGUGAUUUUAUGAACUAUGUCGAAGGAAUGGCGUCUCCAGCUUCAGGAGACAUCAACGCUAUCGUUACGUUCACAGAGACGAACGACUGGGUGAAAUUUGGACAAGAGCACUCUCUUCCAGUCAUGUCAUCGCGAAUGAUGUCUGGUCGCCAAGAAGCUCAGUUUUUGCGACUGUUGGUCAGCAUGUGCAAAGCUACACGUGUUCUGGAGAUCGGGAUGUUCACCGGAUGUGCUGCCCUUGCCAUGGCGGAAGCUCUGCCGAGUCACGGGACAGUGAUCACGUGUGACAUACACGCGCCGCUGGAGACACUAGUUCGGAAGUUUGUUGACAAAAGCCCACAUGGAGAGAAGAUUAAAAUCAAAAUAGGUCCUGCCUUGGAAACGCUUCAGGGUUUCUCAGAUGAAGGGCUGCAGUUUGACUUUGUUUUCAUAGACGCAGAUAAAACCAACUAUAAGAACUAUUUCAAGUUUCUGCUGGACAAAGGUCUGCUGGCUCCUGGGGGCACGAUAUGCUGUGACAACGUCCUAUGGGGAGGUAACUCAUUUCUGCCACCAGAAGAGCGAGACUCCACUCGCGGAUCGAGUGUCCAUGAUAUACCCGAGUUUAACGAGUUGGUCGCCAAUGAUGACAGAGUCUAUCAGGUUAUUUUGCCCUUGCGUGACGGGGUGUCCAUCAUCAGACGGAAGGAAGACGUCGAUGGAAAGAAGUAGUCCAUAAACCAUGACUCUGCUGCAUAUCAGGUCUUCGCGAGGGCAUGCAGACUGCGUCGGGCGAAAUGCACAGGUUCUUUCACCAGCAAGACUCUACCAAUAUUAAUAUUCUUAUCUUUAUGUAAACUCGGAAAAGUAUUGGCAAUUACAAUGUUUAAUCAGUCAAAUAAAGAGACUUUUACCU